AGAGAGAGACAGACAGCGAGAGAGAGAGCAAGAGAGAGAGAGAGAAAGAAAGAAAGCUCGGGCGAACGCACGCGAGAGAGAGAAAGAGAGAGAAAGAGAGAGAGAGUGUGUGGUAGAGUACACCUCGCUAUUUCAUAUGAGUCUAUGCCAAGGAACAGCGGUAGCCGAUGGUUCCUCUUUUAUACUGGGAUUAACGCAAAACCGAGGAUUUAACCGUCUCUUUUUACACGGUAUGAACCAUGAGUCAAAGUCGCGGUCAUUAGGAAUGAUCUCCACUGCAACUCACAACACGGCGACGGUCAGCCCUCUUACCCCGCUAGCCAACGGGAGUGUGGCUGCUCACUCCGGAUUCGCUGCCGCUCUCCGUCAACUGGCCAAACAGGCUGAAGACCCCAGAGGUUCUUCUCCCAAUAGUGAGUCUCCAGUCCCCUCUCCAGCCACCAGUCUCAGUUCUCCAGUCAACACUCCUAAGAGGGGUUUGUCAGGACCACUCCAGACCCCAAUUCGGGGACACGGCCUUCCCUCCAUCCCUUCUGUAGUCACUAUCUCCCCCACUCCCACCAAGAGCGGCAGCAUUCUCUGGAGAGGAGAAGGGCGCCAGGCUGAGUUGGGUGUUCUGGGGGUGAGUAGGGAGCCUGUGGGGUCUGAGCCCAGCCUUCCCCAGGAGAAAGGGGCUCAUCCUGUCCUCUCUCCUCACAUCCUGGCUCACCCAUCCUACCCCUUCACCCUCACCCCCAGCUCUGUCAUGCAGGACCGGCGACUACAGGGCCUCAGUCUACCUGGUCUGGUACAACCUGCAGUUCACUCAGGGGCGGUCCAAGAGGAGUACCUAAGAGGACUACGCCCCUUCACCACCUCAGAUGACCUCCGCCUGCGCUCGCUGCCCCUGGGGCUCGACCCCACCACUGCUGCCCACGUUACUGCUGCUGCUGCCUACUACCACCCUGCCUACCUCCACCACCUACACAGGAUGGAGGAGUCUUUGUGUCUUUCUGCACUACGGUCUCAGUUCUACUCUGUACCAGCAGGGGGGGCCUUCCCUCACCUCCACCCCUCUGCCCUCCACAUGCAACUGCCUGGGGCACGCUACCCUGGGGAGUUCAGCCACACACACAGUGCACUGGCUGAGAGAAUACAGAUGGAGGAAGAGCUUCGCCAACGAGAGAGGGAGCGAGAGCAUGAACGAGAGAAACAGAGGGAGCGAGAGCUUGAACGGGAGAGAGAGAGGGAGCGGGAGAGAGAGAGGGAAACAGAGAUGGAAAGACAGAAGGAUAGGCAGAGGGAGAGAGAGAGGGAGAGACAGAUGGUGAGAGCGGUGAAGAGCCAGUACCUUGCUGGGCUGAAGGCUCUCACGGCUCUGCCGGAGGACAGGGUCAGACCUGGGGAGAGGCUGACACCUAACAGACUGGAUAAGCCCACCCUCCCUGCCCUCCCAGUACCUAAACCUCUACAGCCAGGCCUCCAGUCAGCCCCUCACCUCAUGCCCAGCCUGGUGCCCUCUCAGAUGGGGAACAGACACACUGCCUCAGCCUCUUCCGGGGGGCUCCAUGGAACACUGCUCUCUGCCAUGAUGCUCCAACAGGCCAAUGGGGAGGAGCGCAGGUUGGCACGUCAACGCAGGCAGGGACAGGAGAGGGAGGUGUGGCCACCUGGGGAAGGGGUGGAGCCUAGGAGAGACAGCUACAGAUCCAACGCCAGCCAACGUGACACAGGCAACAGAGAAUCUCAACCUCACCUAGGAGCCCCGCCUCCACUCAUCUCACCCAAACCUCACCUCAUCCCUCACCCCCCUGCCCCUUCCACCACCCUCUGGAACCCCGCCUCCCUCACUGAGACCCCCCCAGACCCCCGUUUCAGGUUCGACUCCCCUGUUCCUCCAUCUCGCUCCCCUCCUGAUCUGACCAGAAUCGAGCGGUCCCCCAGCUGGGAGAGGGGGGAGGAUGGGUGCAGGAAGAGGGGAAGGACCCAGAGAGGCUCUCGUCUGUCAGGGGACCCAUUCUGCAGGAGCCUGGCCUCUGGGGCUGGGCUGAGCUUGAAAGAUCCACUCACAGUCUCCACCACCAUAACCACCUCCACCAGAGUGGUUCGCUGUCCGUCUCCUCCCCCAGCCCCAUCCAACCUAGGGGUCCAGCACCACACCAGCUCCCCAUCUCCCUCCAUGGACCUCCAGAGGUCUGAACGGCCAGGCCAGGAGCCUCAGAACCCAGUGGUGUACGAUGAGAUCCUCCAGCAGUACCGCAGGCUGGUCAGCAAGCUGGACCUGGAGGAGAGCAGGAGGAGAGAGGCCAGGGAAGGAGGGUAUGACUAUGAUCUAGAUGAGUGGUAUGAUGACAGUGAUGAGGAGGAAGUGAGGGCCCACCUCAGAAGAGUAGCAGAGCAGCCCCCGUUAAAACUGGACACAUCCUCAGAGAAGGUGUGUUUCCUGCGUGUCUGUGGCCUGACCACGCUGGCCCAUCGUGACCAGCUGCUUCAUCAGAAGAGGAGGAAGAGGAGGAGGAUGUUGAAAGAGCGCAGCAUCUCCCCUCCAGCAGUACGAGGCAAGAGGAAGACCUCUCCGCAUCCUGCGGCACCCGCUCCCACCCUCUGCACCACUCUCACCCCAGAGGAGAUGAAUUGCUCCCCUCACCUGGAGGACAAGAAACACUUCCUCAACAUGUUCAGCCUGUCCCAUGUGACCAACCAGCAGAGGAGAGAUAAGGAGAAGAUGGAGGGGUUGUUGAAGGCUAUAAAGCUGAAGAGUGUGACGUUGGACACCAUCAGAUACAACCCAUUAACCCUCUGUAGAAGCCCCCCUGUUUCCCCAACUGGCAAAUCAAACGGACUCCACUACCAAGACUCCCCAAGCCCCUCGCCCUCCUACCCCCACCACAUCAACAACCUCCAUACAGACCCACUAAAACCAUCCACCCCUCCACCCAGCCAACCGCCUCCCCUGGCCCCCGACCCAAACAGGAAAGGACUGGGUGGAGGUCACCCAGCUAAGAGGCUCCAGUGCCUCCAGAAUGGAGGAGGCCACCCUGGCCAUCAUCCUCAACAGAAGGUGCCCCUGGCUGUGCAGAACGGGCAGAACAUAACCUGGGAAAGAUUCAUCCCGAAGGACUUCCACCAGUCUGUGUUGCAGUCUACCCACAAGACACUGAGUGGCUCCACCUGCGUUCCAGAGUCCAGUAUAAAGUCUGAGCCCUCAGUGCCCUACAACAUCCCCCCACUGAAGAGACCAGUCCUCCUCAACACAUCCCUACACCCCACCAACGGGCAUCACCCUUACCCCUCUCCAGCCCACCAUGUACACCUUGGUGUACGUUAUGAGCUGUCAGAGGAAGAGGAUGAGGAGGAGGAGGAGGAGGAGGAGGAGGAGGAGGGAGAAGCCCCUAGGAAGUGGAGGGGCAUAGAGUCAGUCUUUGAGGCGUAUCAGGAGUAUGUGGAUGAGCGGUGUAUGGAGAGACAGGUUCUUCACAGUCAGUGCCGGAGGCUGGAGACUCAGAACUACACUCUCAGUCUGACUGCUGAACAACUCUCACACAGCAUGGCGGAGCUGGUGAGUCAGAGACAGAGGGUGAGAGAUGAGAGAGAGAGGCUGCAGGCUCAGCUGGAGCACUUCAGGAAGUGUCUGACCAUUCCCAACGUGCACUGGGGCAAGGGGCAGGCCAAAGGUCGCCCCUCCCCGGUGACCCCCUGCCCCGCUGCAGACCGACAGACAGACCGACGACCGAUGACUGAUGGAGUGAGAGAGGACACUGAAUUGGUUCCCAGUCAGAGGCAGAGGGGGAAGAGAGCUCUGGACUGGGAAGGAAGACAGGAUGAUAGAAAGGGAGGAGGGAGAAAAGGAGGACAGGCCCUGUAACCUCACAUGCCACUCUCUUUGUCAUGUGGUCAGACUCACCACUGGUGAAAGACUGGUAGUCUAAAAGCUAGAGGACAUAGCUACAUAAGGGUAUGGCAUAAUAUUGGGACACACUUUAACCAAUCGUAGACUUUGGGAUGAAUACAAUGAGCAGUCAUAUGUCCUCCCUUUCUCCCUCUAUGGUCUGGAAGGGUUUGGAAGCAACCAAUAGCCAGUCAACCAACCACUGAACUGAAAGGACUUGAAUCAGCCAAGAUGCACUUAAAGACCUAGAAGAGCUACUAGUGAUCAUACUAGUGACAGUACUGUUGAAACUACCUAGAACUAAACACUGUGUUGUAGAGCUUUUACUAUUCUGGAGCUUUUUUCACUUGGGUUCAUGAAGAGCAAAAACACAGGUGCAGAAUAUUUAAGACAGUGUUUCUAUAAGGAAAUAACUGGAGGUUUUGAAAAAUCUAUUUUUAAAUCAGGUUAAAUACAUUUUUAUCGGAUUUAGAAGUCUCUGUUAUGUUUUUAAUAAUUAUGCCAUUGAUAAUGUAAAUUGCCUACCUAUUAAGCCAGAAUGUUGUAUGUUUUAUUAUUUAAUUAUUGUUAUUUAAAAGCCUGCUUUAGAAUAAACAUUUGGGGUAAAAACAA